CUUAUCCGCACACAGUAGGCCAUUGACCAGCAAGGGGAACACAUCACUAAAAUGGGCAUACGCUCCGUUUUAAUUAUUGCUCUAUUUAUGAGCCUUGGAAUAUUCGAAUCAACGGAGGGAGCUAAAAUUCUUUCCAUCUUCCCCUACUCGGGGCCAUCGCAGUAUAUUUUUAUUUCACCACUGCUUAAGGCCUUGGCGGAAAAGGGCCAUGAAGUCACAUCCAUAUCGACAUUUCCCCAAAAGAAACCGCUGAAGAAUUUUCGUGAUAUCGCCGUUAUGGAAAAUAGCAAGAUUUUCGAUGAAAUGUUAAUUGAAAUGGCGGGCGGUGAGAGUGAAGAAAAAUCAUUUUUCCAAGAAUUUGUGGAACUUAGCGCUUUGGGUGUGACGGUCACCACCAAUGUCAUGGAAAAUUCGGAAGUAAAAAACCUAUUGAAAAAUGAAAAAUUUGAUUUGCUAAUCAUCGAAGUUUUGAGCACAGAAUCAUUGUUGGGAUUGGGAGAAUAUUUUCAAGCUCCAAUGAUUGGAGUCUCCACAUUUGGCACCAUUGGUUUUAUUGACUAUCUAACAGCCAAUCCAUCACCAGCCUCAUUUAUACCCCACAUGAGUUUGCAAUAUGGCAGUCAUAUGUCGCUGUGGGAACGAACUGUCAAUGUCUUGGCCAAUGUUGUGGAUGAUUUGUGUUUGAAUUAUCUCAUGUUACCUGAUCACGAGAAAGUCUACAAGAAAUAUUUCCCCAAUGCCAAACUGUCAAUGGAUGAGGCCCGCCGUAAUGUCUCACUGGUGUUAUUGAAUGAUCACUUUUCGCUGCGAGCACCACGUCCUUAUGUUCCCAAUAUGAUUGAGGUUGGUGGUUUGCACAUAAAACAAAAACCUGAUCCAUUGGAAGAAGAUUUACAAAAGUUCCUAGACAACUCACCGGAGGGGGUAAUAUACUUCUCCAUGGGCUCGAAUGUCAAGAGUAAAGAUUUGCCCCCACAAACUCUUCAGGCCAUAUUGGGUACAUUUGCAGAAUUAAAAAUUAAAGUUUUGUGGAAAUUUGAAUUGGAAGAAUUGCCGAAUAAACCAGCCAAUGUUGUCAUACGCAAAUGGUUUAAUCAACCCUCCAUAUUGGCCCAUCCUAAUGUAAAGCUGUUCAUUUCCCAUGGUGGCUAUUUGAGUACCACCGAAACCAUUUUCCAUGGUAAACCCAUCUUGGGUAUUCCAGUGUUGGCCGAUCAAUUCAUGAAUGUUAAAAACUCCGUGAAGGCAGGUUUUGCUUUGAGUAUGGAUUUGAAAACCCUCAACAAGGAAGAAUUUAAGCAGAAAAUCGAAGAGCUGUGGACAAAUCCUCGUUAUUCGAAUGCUGUCAAGACAUUGUCGAAACGUUUCAGAGAUCAACCUUUGACACCCAUGGAAACUGCAAUCUUUUGGGUGGAAUAUGUCCUGAGACAUGAUGGAGCUCCUCAUAUUCGUAAUGCCGGUCAGGAUUUGUCAUUUUGGCAAUAUCACAAUAUUGAUGUGUAUCUACUCUUAGCCAGUUGUAUUUUUGUUGUGUUUACAUUAAUAGCGAGUUUAAUUAGAUUUGGAAAGAAGAUUAUAUGUGCUUCUUCAAAAUCGACGAAAAAAUCCAAGAAAUCAAAAAUAAAGAAAAAUUAAGUGAGCGAAAAGAAAAUAUGAAAACGGUAUGCGAUAACAAAGUGGCUGAUAAAACGCUGGCAUAGUUUUGGUGUAAUGGUCUUCAGUGUUGGGUUGGUUUAAUAGUAUAAUAUCUAUAGAGCGCAAUCACAAAUAAAGGUUGAGUUAUCGA